GAGAGCGGGGAGGAGGGAAGGCAGGAAGCGGGUAGCCGAAGGCCGGGCUGAGCGGCUGGACUGGGUGCGGGCUGCGCGGCGCUGCGCUGCUCUCGGCUCCGACGGCCUCUCCCAUGCGCUGAGGGCGCCCGGCUGGGUCGGGCGGGCGGCCGGAGGGGAGGCUCCUCUCCAUGGUCCAGAAGACCAGCAUGUCCCGGAGCCCUUACCCACCUUCCCAGGAGAUCCCCAUGGAGGUCUUCGACCCUAGCCCACAGGGCAAAUACAGCAAGAGGAAAGGGAGGUUCAAACGGUCGGAUGGGAGCACGUCCUCGGAUACAACAUCCAACAGCUUUGUCCGCCAGGGCUCAGCAGAGUCCUACACUAGCCGUCCGUCUGACUCUGAUGUAUCACUGGAGGAAGACCGGGAAGCCUUAAGGAAGGAGGCGGAACGCCAGGCGUUAGCGCAGCUUGAGAAAGCCAAGACCAAGCCUGUGGCAUUUGCUGUGCGAACAAAUGUCGGCUACAACCCGUCUCCGGGGGAUGAGGUGCCUGUGCAGGGGGUGGCCAUCACCUUCGAGCCCAAGGACUUCCUGCACAUCAAGGAGAAAUACAACAAUGACUGGUGGAUCGGGCGGCUGGUGAAGGAGGGCUGUGAGGUUGGCUUCAUCCCCAGCCCUGUCAAACUGGACAGCCUGCGCCUGCUGCAGGAGCAGAAGCUGCGCCAGAACCGCCUCAGCUCCAGCAAAUCAGGCGACAACUCUAGCUCCAGUCUGGGAGAUGUGGUGACUGGCACCCGCCGCCCCACACCCCCUGCCAGUGCCAAACAGAAGCAGAAGUCGACAGAGCACGUGCCCCCCUAUGACGUGGUGCCUUCCAUGAGGCCCAUCAUCCUGGUGGGACCGUCGCUCAAGGGCUACGAGGUUACAGACAUGAUGCAGAAAGCUUUAUUUGAUUUCUUGAAGCAUCGAUUUGAUGGCAGGAUCUCCAUCACUCGUGUGACGGCAGACAUUUCCUUGGCCAAGCGCUCAGUUCUCAACAACCCCAGCAAGCACAUCAUCAUCGAGCGCUCCAACACACGCUCCAGCCUGGCCGAGGUGCAGAGUGAGAUCGAGCGGAUCUUCGAGCUGGCCCGGACCCUUCAGUUGGUUGCUCUGGAUGCUGACACCAUCAACCACCCAGCCCAGCUUUCCAAGACCUCGCUGGCCCCCAUCAUUGUUUACAUCAAGAUCACGUCUCCCAAGGUACUUCAGAGGCUCAUCAAAUCCCGAGGGAAAUCUCAGUCCAAGCACCUCAAUGUCCAAAUAGCGGCCUCGGAGAAGCUGGCGCAGUGUCCCCCCGAAAUGUUUGACAUCAUCCUGGACGAGAACCAAUUGGAGGACGCCUGCGAGCACCUGGCCGAGUACUUGGAAGCCUAUUGGAAGGCCACGCACCCGCCCAGCAGCACACCGCCCAAUCCGCUGCUGAACCGCACCAUGGCUACCGCAGCCCUGGCUGCCAGCCCUGCCCCUGUCUCCAACCUCCAGGGACCCUACCUUGCUUCCGGGGACCAGCCGCUGGAACGGGCCACCGGGGAGCACGCCAGUGUGCACGAGUACCCGGGGGAGCUGCGCCAGCCCCCAGGCCUUUACCCCAGCAGCCACCCACCAGGCCGGGCGGGCACCCUGCGGGCACUGUCCCACCAGGACACAUUUGAUGCCGACACCCCCGGCAGCCGAAACUCUGCCUACACAGAGCUGGGAGACUCGUGUGUGGACAUGGAGACUGACCCCUCAGAGGGGCCAGGGCUUGGAGACCCCACAGGGGGCAGCACCCCACCAGCCCGCCAGGGCUCCUGGGAAGAUGAGGAGGAAGACUAUGAGGAGGAGCUGACCGACAACCGGAACCGGGGCCGGAAUAAGGCCCGCUACUGCGCGGAGGGCGGGGGCCCAGUUCUGGGGCGCAACAAGAACGAGCUGGAGGGCUGGGGGCGAGGGGUCUAUAUCCGCUGAAAGGCAGGGCCACCACCGUUGGGAGGCAGGGCUCAGAGCCCAGGGGAAGGGAGGGACAGCGGCUCGCCACUUGGGGUGUAUCUUGCCUCCAGGGAGCACGAUCUCCCCCUUUCAGUUGCCUUUGUUCAGAGUGGGGUUUCCUUGGUGGCAUCAUCGCAGGUCCUGGGAGGCCCUUAAGCCUGUAGGUUUUUGACUAUCUGCUGUUGGUGAUGGGGGGGGGAUACCCACCUUUCUGUAGUGUCCUCUUCCACCUAGCCAAGAGGGCUUCUCUCACCCUCCCAGAGAAAAGGUGCACUUCAUUAAUUCUUUCUCCUUGGGGCUCUAAAUGAGGGUCCUAAAUGGGGUGGCCAUUUCUUUUCCCAACCCAGAGCAUUUGGGAAGGGUUGGGGGGCUUUUCGGGAGACGGAGGCUGCAGCAUCAUUCCCAUGAGGCCUCUCUUUCCUGCACCCCAGACCCAGGGCUCCUCACUGCCCACCCAUCCCCCCAGUAUCCAGGUAACGUUGUCUGGUAGGUGAAAGCUACAGCAUAGAGGUCCCAGCUUGGGGAGCGUCCGGGUGGAAACUAGCAGGUAUCAGAUGCAGCGCCCUCUACCUGCCCGCCCCCCACCAGGGCCAUGGCAGUGCCCAUGCCUAGAACCCCGAGGUGUGGGUAACCUGAGACACUGUACCCACUCCACCACCUCCAUGCCUCGGCCUUCACCUACCCCCAGGAAUGAGCUUUGCCUACAACAUCCCCUGCCUGCUGUCAUCAAAAGAAGGGGACCCUCUGCAUUCAAGCCCCCCAUCCCCAUGCCACCUGGGUGUGGAGCCCAGGGAACUCUCUGACCCAUCUCUUUUUGAAACCAAAAAACUACUCCUCCACCCUCACCCUGAAGCCCCAGGGGAGGAGCCCUGUGGGUUGGGGCCCAGGGGUUGCUCACCACCCCAGUGGUUGCCUCAGGACCUCAGGUCUCCCUUGGGGGGCUUGGCUGCUGCUGCUGCUGCUGCUUGCUGCUACUUUGUAUUUGCCUCUUGUGAUCCUGUCCCUGACCCCACGUCCACUACCCCAGGAGAGGCCUUGGUACCCUCCAUCCCCAGGGGUACCUCUCUGCCUCCAUCUCUAUAGCCCAGCAGCCCUGCCCCUCCCCAGCAUCCCAGCUGGGCCAGAGAGAGCCAAUCGUGCCAACGAGGACUGGGCCCUGCCCGGCUGCCCGCCUCAGGGAUGGGCACCUCACGCCUGUCUCCACCUCCUGUGCCAAUGCUGCCCCACCCCGCCCCAGAGGUGGGGUGCAGCUUCCACUCACUGGAUAGAAGACACCACUGCCCACCCUUUCCCCCUCCCUGUCUUGUGUCCCGUGCUCCCAUCUGUCUGUCUGUCUGUCUGUACUCCCCUAGGAGAAGUAUUUUGCCACAUAUAAAAUUGCCGUCCUGUCCUUCGCAGCCGCCUCCCAAGCCUGCUUCUUUGUUAGCACCACACAGCACCACACAGCCGGGCAUGUGGGAGCCACCUACAUGCAGGGGGAAGUGAAGAGAUGGGUGUGGGAAUAAGCAGUGCCCUGAGGUGUUGACUCAGAAGGAGAUAGAGUCCCUUAUUUUGCAGCCCUGGGAGGCAUUACAUUCAACCUCCAUGGAGCUGCGCUGCUCUCAGCUCCCCAUUCAGCCCUAUGCCCCACACGACUCCCUACAAGUGGGGCAAGGGGAGAUGGGCAGCUGAGGUGAGGAGAUGGGGCUCCGCAGGUGAGAUUCACAGCCAUUGGCACAAUGUCUUAUAAACAUGCACUUGUUUUUCUGCUCCCUUGGCCUCGGCUGCUUCCCACCCCCGCCCAGGAGAGGGAGGGUCCGAGCUCCCGGCUUCCUGCCCCACCAAUGCUCUUGAUGACUGGGUAGGAUGACGCCUCCACAACUCCCCCUCCGUGGUCAGCUCCUGCCGGUCUGCCUUGGGGGACUGGAGGGAGUAUACACAUGGGGCAGGGAGAGGGAGGGGGACUCCUCCAGACCCAGCCUGAGAAAGUGAGGAAGAAAGGCAGCAGGCGACUCCACAGUCCUGCCUUCCCUGGCUGGCAGGACGUGGUCUUCUGACAGCUGUUCUGCAGCCACCUGUAUCCUGCCUCACACAGCUCCUAUAAACCACUUCUCCAUCCUCCUCACUCUUGUUUCUGGGGUGGUGGCCCUGGAGGGCUAGAGCUCCUUGAUCCUUCACCUGAAUGCUCCUGCCCAGUGUGUGUGUGUGUGUGUGUGUGUGUGAGUGUGUGUGUGUGUGUGUGUGUGUGUGUGUGUGCAGCAAGGACAACAGACAUCCCAAGAGCCUCCAGAGGGGAGGCUGGCAGAUCAAAGGGAGACGAACUGGAUGUACCCAGAGGUGAAAUGACCGGCCCCAGGUCCCGUGGGAGGUGAUGGCAAAACCAUCUCUGCUGGGACUAGACCCUUGUCCCUGCUUCCAUGUGUAGUGCUCUUUUCACUGCCAUUCAAUGCAACCAUUUAUUCCCUUAUUUAAUUGCUGAACAAACAUUUAUUGAGCUCCUACUACCUACCAGGCACAAGUCUAAAUGGGAGCCAUUGACCAUUUCAAUACAGCACAAUGAGCUCUCUGAUGUGAGAAGCAAGGGGUACACGUAGGAAAACAGCACAGGAGCCACUCCCCUAACAUGGGGUCAGGAGAGGCUUUCUGGAGAAGGUGAGGCUUGAACGGAGUCUAGAAUGAUGGUUAGGAGUUACCUGGGAAGAUUAGUGUGGGAACUGUUCAGGGCAGAGAAGCAGGUGACAUGCAUGGCGCAUUUGGGCACUUUACUAGCAAAAUGUGCUCUCAAAGGGUGGCCAGAGGCAGGUAGUGGGGUCGUUAGAAGCAGGUUGCAGUUAGCCUCGAGUCGUGUUAAGGAGUUUGGGCUGUCUUGAAGCUAGUGUGCAGACAUUGAAGUGUUUUAAGCAGCAAUAAAAAGAUUGCCUUUGUUGCAGUUUGGAGCAUAGAUUGGAGGGCCUAGCCUGGAAACAGCUGCAAAUACUCGGGGUGAGAAAUGAGCAGAGCUUGCAUUAGGCCACAGCAGUGGGAUGGGAAAGGAGGCAACGACGACCAGAGACACCUAGUGGCUGGAAUCAAGAGGUCUUUGGGAACAAUCGGAAGUGGCCAGUGAGUGAGAGAGAGGAGGAAAUCAGGUGAAAAAAAAAACCAGUUAGGGACAGAAAUGAGUCUAGGUUUGGACAAGGUGGGUUUAAGGUGCCUGUGGGACAUUCAAGAGUCAAUGAGCAGAAUACAGUCAGGUGCAUUGUCUGGAGCCUGGCAGAGAUACAGACUGAAGCCUGCUGUUUUAAAUCAAGGGCAGGAAUGAUGAAUGCCAGUUUACAGGCAAAGCUCAGAGAGGUUAAGCUACUUGACCACAGUUACACAACUGCAGAGCAAGGAUUUGAACUCAGAUCUUUGGAUUUCAGGUUCUGUGGUGCCCAUGACUUCCAAGUCCAGAGCUAAUUUCCCUGCCCCAGGAUGCCCCAGCUUCUGUAGCGGGGAAAGAAGGGAAAGAUUGGAGGAAAGAAGCAAAUAUCUGAAUAUGUUUCUGUCUUGUCUCCACAUGCCUUCUGCCUGAAAUUGCAUUUGCCUAGAACUUGCAGGCAGAGCAUUUCUAGCUGGCUUGGAGAUGUUGAGAGAAAGGGAGAGAGAGAGAGAUUCUUGUGUCUUGGUAACCACAAGCUCUCAACGGACUCUGGCUGCACAGUCAGCAUUUUGGUGGUUGUCAACAAGUGACGAUUUCGACACCCACGAAGUCAGCUGGGAUCAAUCUACCACAGAUGCCUCAGGGAUACCAGCCAGGGUGGGUGCAGUGGCUGGGGCCCCCUCUCACCUGGUACCCUUCUCCUCCUUCCCUGUCUAGCUGCUUUCUCUUCUGUCAGGCUUUGCAGAGGGUUCUGGCCCAGAGGGAGCUGAGGAAGGUGUGGUCUCAGGAACUAGGUGUGGCAGAUGUUAUCCACCGUCCUGGAAGUGUUGAGCUGGGGCCACCACAGCCCUGGGGGAUCGGGGGUUUCCCAGUCUGAGACCCUAAGAGAAAAGUCUUGUCAUAGCUCCAAUAAUCACUUCCUCAGAAAAGUGUGCCUUGGUGCUCUCCUAAAUUAAGCCCUCACACUUACUGUCGCUCAGGGUUUUUCCUUCCUAGCACAUACCACAUUUUGUAAUUACAUACUUCUGUAUGUAUUUGCCUCCCUCUCUAGACUGUAAGCUCCAUGAAGGCCCAGACUGGGUCUUGGCAUGUAUUCUGACUCCUGGUUCAUAUUUGUCAAACGGAUAAAUAAGUAAAUGUAUUCCUGAUGACAAUCCAGGCUCUGGCCUUGCAGGGGAGGUGGCUUUUCUUGCUUGUUUACUAAAUGUGCUCCCAGCUAGCAGUAUGUCACUUUCAGUUCUGCAGUUUCAGGGCCACAUGGGUGGGCAGGCAGAAUGCACUAAGAGGUUCUUUCCCCCAGGGAAAUGAUGGUAAAAUUCUUCAAGUAUGGCUGUUCUCCUAGCACUGUACUCCAACAUGACCCCAGCUGAAGCUGUGUCUCCUUUCCUUGCGUGGAAAUGCAACCAGCCUAAAUGGCUCCUGUGGUCAAUUCUCCAUCCUUCUAACUCUGGGCAUUAAGCUUGGGGCUUCCUCAAUCCUCUUAAACUUGUAUUCACACUCCUUUUUCAAUACUCCAGACACCAUUCCUCAGGCUAUAACUUGAUUCAUUUUACUUCAAUCCAGCAGCAAGAAAUCCCUACUGUGUUCCAGGCAUUGGACUAUGCAUGGGGGUUGGGGAGAGUCCACAGAUGAACAAGAAACAGAAAUGCCAGUCCACAGUCCCAGGGUGGAGAGAAGCCCCAUUUGGCUGGAGAACCAAGCCAGGGCUUGAGAAGUAGGUGGCUUUUAUGGCAAGGCAGUGAAAAAGUCUCAGGAUUCUUCCCGGCUGAGAAGGUGGUGAAAGGCAUUCAGGAGGAGGGAAGGUAGAAGCAAAGGCACAGAAAGAGCUGAGCAUGUGUGGGCAGGGACUAGUCAGUCAUUCCACUGGGGGUCACCCACUGGGUGAAUAACAUGGGAGAUAAACCUGCAAAGGCAGUGGGGUUGUUCAUGGUGGCUUUUGAAUGUUGGGUUAGGAUGCUGAUCAGAAUCUAGUAGGCAAUGGGGAGCUAUAGAAGGUUUAUGAGCUGAGUAACAGACACUUUAGAAGGUGAGUAACAGAUGCUGAUCUGUGCUUUAGGAAGGUUAAUAGGGCUGUAAGGAGGAUGCUCUGGAUAAGGGAGAGGCAGAGGCAGGG